AUGGCAUCGACGUACAACCAACCAUUCCGCCUUAUCGGCCGCUCGAAACCUCUACGGCCUCGGUGCGGGCUGCCUCAAACACGCAAUGUACCGUUGCACGUCAGAUCGAGCCAAGAGGUACAUCACACGCCGGGCCGUCCAAAGUCCUUGGACGAAAGAAACAAGCACUUGAUGCGCGUGGAGAACGGAACUUCCUGCGGGAACACGAAAAGCGGGAAGAAGGAUACAGAGCCGCCACUAGGAGAAGAACAUCAGAAAGGGACACCCGUGAAACAGAGACGUUUUCUCUGA